AUGAACAAGAGACCUAGAGACACCACCGUCUACAAGCCCCUUCACGAUCUCUCCAAUCGAGAACUCGGCGAGUUACCCGCCAGAGUUUUCCCUAACCGUCUCGCCGCCUCCGAGGAUCUUGUCCUCCGACUUGAUGUAUUCAGAAAGCUUGACAAGCACAGAGGUUGUGUAAACACUGUAGGCUUCAAUGCCGAUGGUGAUGUUCUGGUUUCAGGUUCUGAUGACAGGAGGAUUAUUCUCUGGGAUUGGGAAACCGGUCGUACUAAGCUCUCUUUCCAUUCUGGUCAUAGUAACAAUGUUUUCCAGGCUAAGUUCAUGCCUCACUCCGCAGAUCGAACUAUUGUCACUUGUGCUGCUGAUGGCCAGGUGAGGCAUGCUCAAAUUCUUGAACAAGGACAGGUGGAAACUAAGUUAUUGGCCAAGCAUCAAGGACGGGCUCAUAAGUUGGCUAUCGAGCCUGGUAGCCCUCAUAUAUUUUACACCUGCGGUGAAGAUGGAUUAGUACAGCAUUUUGAUCUGAGAACCGGGACUGCAACAAAACUUUUUACUUGCAAGCCACUUAAGGAUAAAUUGUGUUACGUGUCAGUCAUCCUUCUUAAUACCAUUGCAAUUGAUCCAAGGAACCCAAACCUAUUUGCGGUUGCUGGGUCUGAUGCGUAUACGCGACUUUUUGAUAUCCGCAAAUAUAAAUGGGAUGCAUCAACUGAUUUUGGUCAACCAAUUGACUACUUUUGCCCUCCGCACUUGAUUGGUGAUGAGCGGGUAGGAAUAACGGGCCUGGCCUUUUCUGAACAAAGGGAGCUUCUUGUAUCCUACAAUGAUGAAUUAAUUUACCUUUUUACACAAGAUAUGGGUUUGGGACUGGAUCCUAUUCCUGGGUCCCCUAACUCUGUGAAUAGUGAUACAAGUGACAUGGGAGAUUGUUCUGUGCAUUCUCCACCGAACAUGGAUGCUAAUGAUAAAGUCACCCCUCAAGUUUUUAAGGGACACAGGAAUUGUGAGACAGUUAAGGGUGUCAGUUUCUUUGGGCCUAACUGUGAGUAUGUGGUGAGUGGAUCAGACUGUGGUCGGAUUUUCACAUGGAAGAAAAAAGGUGGUCAGCUUAUUCGUGUCAUGGAAGCAGACAAGCACGUUGUGAACUGUAUUGAGUCUCAUCCUCAUACAACAGUUCUUGCAAGCAGCGGUAUUGAGCAUGACAUCAAGAUAUGGACUCCAAAGGCCCUUGAGAAAGCUACUUUGCCCAAAAGUAUUGAGCAGGUUAUAUUUGAUGGGAUUCGUUGGUUUGAGAGUGAUGACGAUGAUGAUAGUGACGAUGACACUGAGGAUGACGAUAUGUUUGAUGAUGAUGAUGAUGAUGAUGAUGAGAAGGAGGAGGAGGAUGAUAAUGACGACGACGACGACGACGAUGACGAUGAUGAUGGUGAUGUUGAUGAUGAUAUGUUUGACGAUAAUGAUGAUAUGGUUGACGAUAAUGAUGAUAUGUUUGAUGAUGGUGAUGAUGAUGAUGAUGAUGAGGAUGAUGAUGGUGGUGGUGGUGGUGAUGAUGACGACGACGGUGCUCAUGAUAUUGAUGAAAAUAAUGACGAUGAAGGUUGUGAUGAUAUUGAUGAAUAUGACAGAAGGAGGUUAUGUCAAUGA